UAAAUCAAGUGGCAGUUAGUAAAUAAUCACUUUUGUAUAUUUUACAGUUGAGUUAGAUUUUUAAAUUGAGCAAUGAGCAUUUACAAUUUGUUUGAUAUUUCGGUGUUCAAAACAAAUAAUUGGUUAUUGUUAUGAUGUAAACACUCAAUUGCGAAGCACACUUUAAUUACCAUGAGGAAAGCUUCAGCUGACUCAAAGGUGAAGAAAACUUUAGUGCGACAUGCUGAGCAAAAAGUUAAUAUAAGCAAGCAUAAAGUUAUUAGAGAUCCUGGUGCAGGAUCAUCUAAAUCGUCUAUCCAUAAUAUAGUAACGACUCAGGAAUUAGCUCAUCCCACUUUAUGCUCCAGUGAGGUGUUAGCCAACUAUUUAUCUGAAGUUAAAAAGUCUGCGCCACCGCGACUUUUACACGAAGAAUUUCAAGUUGAUAAAGCUGCACUUAGUGCCAAGGUAACAAGAAAGUUGAAUUUCCAUUUCAAUGAUAGAAUUUACAAUAAUUUAGUGGAACUGAAUGCGGAUGCAGCUGACUUAAAGAAGAAGGACCGGCAAACAAAAAUAACUACAAUAAAAAAGGAUCUUGAACCCAAUAUUGAUGAUUUUUGUCACAAUGAAAAAGCUAAAGAUGUCAUACCUAUUAUCCCUAUCAUUAAACCAAAAUUAAAACCUUUAAAAUGUGUUGACACUGGAAAAUUACAUAAAUUAGUUGCAAUGUUUGAAGUCUUAUGACAAUAAAAGAAUAUACUAAUUUAAAA